AGGACCACUAGCCAGAAUGUUCUGGUAUUUUCGCGGCAACAAAUUUUUAAACCUCCCAGUUCUUCUUAUUCGACGACUAACAGAUUAAUCAUAAUUGAAGAAAUCAUAGGUUUGAAGUCCGAUUUCGAAACUCAAAACCAAAAGAAGAAUGGCGAUGUGUCGACAACGAUGGACACGAGAUCUAACUCGGGUUCUUGCAUGCUCAAGAAGGAGAUGCUUCUUCUCUACUGACGCCUUGGUGGAGGUUAAACCUAGCGAGAUUGGCCUUAUAUCUGGAAUCCCUGAGCAACACCUCCGACGAAGGGUAAUUAUUUACUCACCUGCUCGAACUGCGACACAGCAGGGCUCAGGGAAAGUUGGGAGAUGGAAAAUUGAUUUUUUAUCCACACAGAAGUGGGAAAAUCCAUUAAUGGGUUGGACAUCUACUGGAGAUCCUUAUGCCAAUGUUGGUGAGGCAGGACUCAGUUUUGACAGUGUAGAAGCUGCAAAGACAUUUGCUGAAAAACAUGGUUGGGAAUACACGGUCAGGAAGCGCCAUGCUCCUCUUUUGAAGCCCAAAUCUUAUGCUGACAACUUCAAAUGGAAGGGCCCUGUAAAGAGCGAUGAUAAUUAGUGCAACAGAUUGGACCUCAAAGGCUGUAAGCUUUAUCUAAUAUGUGCAUAAUAAUUUCUUUUCUUUGAUGCUCGACAUUCUGUAAGCUUUAUUGUAAUGCUAUUAGUAUAAUGUUAUUGUAUAUAUGCUUCAUAUCCUGUAAUGAAUUUUUUGACUAGAAAAAAGAAUGAUUGGGUGUGUGUGUGAAA